AUGCCUCCCAGCAGAGCCGCCCUUGGCCGUAGAGCCAUCACCAACGAGAAUGACGAGAACAGUGCAGUGGGAACAACACGGUUGACACGAUCCAAAUCCGCUGCAUUCAGUGAGGAGUCUACGAGUGGUGCAAAGAAGCCCCUACAAUCUAAGAAGGCCACGGCCAACCAACCCCUUCGAAAGCGUGCGGCGUUGAAUGAUCUCAGCAAUGUCACCAAGGGAGAGAUCGUAGAGGGCAAGAAGAAUGUAGGAAAGGGAGGGCUGGUAUCGAAAGCUUCUCAACCAACAGGUGUGCAGAAGAACUUAUCUCGUACCAAUUCUUCGAGAUCAGCAUUAAGCACGAAGGACACAAACAAGAAGCCAGAGCCAAAGCGUACCGGAUCCGGAGUACUUGCUGGUAAGCGGAAGACCAGUUCGAUAUCUUCAAACACCGCGUCAAUCAAAGAAGAGACCCCAGCAGAGGAUGAGCAGCCGUCAAGAAAGAAGAUCCACAUCGAGGUUGAGGAGAAGGUAACCAUUGAAGAGUCGUAUAAGGAAAACCUUCAUGAAUCUGAAGCUGUAGAGGAAUCGAUCCCACAACAGUUCGCUCAGGGCGUUGAGGAUCUGGACAGAGAAGAUUUGGAUGAUCCAUUGAUGGUGGCUGAAUAUGUUGUUGAAAUAUUCGAGUAUCUGAAGAAGCUAGAGGUCGACACGAAGCCCAACGCUGAGUAUAUGGAGCACCAGGAGGACCUUGAGUGGAAGAUGCGAGGCAUUCUGGUCGACUGGUUAAUCGAGGUUCACACGCGUUUCCACCUCCUCCCCGAAACUCUGUUCUUGGCCGUGAACAUCAUCGACCGCUUCCUCUCCACAAAGGUCGUACAACUUGACCGUCUUCAACUUGUUGGUGUUACUGCGAUGUUCAUCGCGUCCAAGUACGAAGAGGUCCUUUCUCCCCAUGUUGCCAACUUCCGUCACGUCGCCGAUGAUGGUUUCUCGGAAGCUGAGAUUCUCAGUGCUGAGCGAUAUGUCUUGACUGCCCUCAACUACGACUUGAGCUACCCAAACCCAAUGAACUUCCUUCGACGUAUCUCCAAGGCCGAUAACUAUGAUAUUCAAACCCGAACCCUCGGAAAAUACCUCAUGGAAAUCAGUCUUCUGGACCACCGCUUUAUGGAGUAUUUACCAAGCCAUAUCGCUGCUGCUGCUAUGUACUUGGCCCGCAAGAUCCUCGAUCGGGGCGAAUGGGAUCCUACUCUGGCUCACUAUGCUGGGUACAGCGAGGACCAAAUCGAACCUGUAUUCAAGCUCAUGGUUGACUACCUUGCCCGUCCUGUCACUCAUGAGGCCUUCUUCAAGAAGUAUGCCAGCAAGAAAUUUCUGAAGGCCUCCAUCCUCACAAGAUCAUGGGCGAAGAAGCAUGCUUUCAGCCUUGGUGUCGAUGUUUCUCUCCCUCUUGACAUGGCCGCUCGAUAA